CACCCACCCACCCCCGCCGCCGCAGCAGCAAUGUCUUCGAAAGACGCCCCCGCAGACGCCUGCCCCGUCGACCACAAGACGCGCGAAGCCUGGCUCGCCCAAGCCCGGGCGCAGAACUCAACCGCCACGCCUCCAAACCCACAUGCCACAUCCGCACCCGCACCCGCCACCCCUCCCCCACAAUCCCCCGUCCAAGCCUCCUGCGACUCCUCCACCCUCGACCAAACCACCACCUCCUCCCCCGCGCCCACCGUCCUCUCUUCCCUCAGCCUCGCCACCGCCCGCGAAAUAAGCACCAUCCCGCGCGCCCUCCCCGCCACGCCAGCACCCCGUCCCGCAAACGCCGAGCGCGACACGGGCGCGGACAAAAAGACGGGGAACUGGAUCUACCCGUCCGAGCGCAUGUUCUUCGAAGCCAUGAAGCGCAAGAGCUUCGACCCGUCUGAAACAGACAUGAAGACCAUCGUGCCGAUCCACAACGCCGUCAACGAGCGCGCGUGGCACGAGAUCAAGGCGUGGGAGGCGGGUCGCGGGAGCGAGGCGUGCGGUGGGCCGCGGCUUGAGUCGUUUAGUGGGUUGAGCACGAGUUUGACGCCGCGCGCGAGGUGGAAGACGUUGUUGGGGUAUCAGGCGCCGUUUGAUCGGCAUGAUUGGGUUGUGGAUCGGUGUGGGGUGAAGGUUGAUUAUGUGAUUGAUUUUUAUGCGGGGAGGGAUGAGGGGAAGGGGGGGAAGGGACUGAGUUUUUAUCUGGAUGUUAGGCCGAAGUUGAAUACGGUUGAGGGGGUUAAGAUGAGGGUUGCUAAGUAUUGGGGUUUUUGAUCUUGGUGUAGGGUGAGGGUGUGUGUGUGUACGAUAUGGGUGUGUUUGCAUGGCUUGGAGUUGGGGGGACUGUAUGAUGUGUUUCGGGACCAGAUAUGUACAUUGAUUGAUUAGCGAGGAUAUAUCUCUACCAAACGACGCGAAUCCAAGAAGAGAAGAGAAGUAACAAGUUCAUUGGGGGAAAAAACGGACGGUUGCGUCCAAGUACCUCGUAUAGACAUACAAACGUAUCAAAACGCCU